AUUACGGACAGCAGCAACGUGUAUUUUAGCGUGUGUGUGUGUGAGAGAGUGUUUUCUCCUUAGUGUUUUCCCAGCUGGCAUUUUCGGUAGCAACGAUCGUUCUACUUCGUAGGUUAGAACCGUCCGCCUGCCAGAGAGCUGAAGAGAGCCACAUCUGUGCCGCUGUGUUUGUGUGUGCGCGCGCGCGUGUGUGUGUAUGUGUGACUUUGUGUGAACAGUGCGGGUGAGAGAGCGCAUUGGCAGCAAAAAUACACACACCCGCGGUCAAAGAGCCCAGCAGAGUUCUCUCUGUGGCCAGUUCAUCUUCAUCAACGUUUCAUCGACGCGCUCCUGCUUCAAUCAGCCAACCACAGUGUGUCGUCCAGCAAACACAGGCGCCGCCAUCGAUCAGUACAUCCAUCGUCCUCUGCCUUCCCGCAACUCAUCGCAUUACUCGUUGAACCUGCCAACAAGUGUUCUCCGGGCGUGUGUUUGUGUGAUACGGCUACUACCUCUACUGCUGCGGCGUGUGUGUGUGUAUCGAUUCUGGCAAUAGUGCGCGCGAGUGUGCACCCCCUUAGUCCAGUGUCUCUGCUGCUGCUCACGUGUGUGCGGUGUGUGACAUCGGCAUUUUGUGUUUUUGCUGCGCGCUUCACUCUAGAUUGAAAUCAUCCUCCGAGCCUCUUAGUGCGCGAGCAGAUAGCUUAACAAAAACCGCAACUGGUGUGUCGCCUUUACUUCUGCGCACAGCAACACCAUCCCGUACGCCGAAAAGAUGGUUGCGAGCAGUAAAAUGAUGAACGUGCGCGUCACGACGAUGGACGCGGAGCUGGAGUUCGCGAUCCAGCAGGGCACCACAGGCAAGCAGCUGUUCGAUCAGGUCGUGAAGACGAUCGGUUUGCGAGAGGUCUGGUUCUUCGGGCUACAGUACACAGACUCCAAGGGCGAUAACACGUGGAUCAAGCUGUACAAAAAGGUGAUGAGCCAAGAUGUGCAAAAGGGUGACCCGCUGCUGUUCAAGUUUCGUGCCAAAUUCUACCCGGAGGACGUGGCCGAGGAGCUGAUCCAGGACAUCACGCUGCGCCUGUUCUACCUGCAGGUGAAGAACGCGAUCCUGUCGGACGAGAUCUACUGCCCGCCGGAAACGUCCGUGCUGCUCGCGUCGUACGCGGUGCAGGCGCGCCACGGCGACUACAACAAGGGCACCCACGUGCCCGGCUUCCUGGCCAAGGAUCGGCUGCUCCCGCAACGGGUCAUCGACCAGCACAAAAUGUCCAAGGACGAGUGGGAAAACUCGAUCACCACCUGGUGGCAGGAGCACCGCGGCCUGCUGCGCGAGGACGCCAUGAUGGAGUACUUGAAGAUCGCGCAGGACCUGGAGAUGUACGGCGUGAACUACUUCGAGAUCCGCAACAAGAAGGGCACGGAGCUGUGGCUCGGCGUCGACGCGCUCGGGCUGAACAUCUACGAGAAGGAGGACCGGCUGACGCCGAAGAUCGGCUUCCCGUGGUCGGAAAUUCGCAACAUCUCGUUCAACGAUCGUAAAUUCAUCAUCAAGCCGAUCGACAAGAAGGCGCCAGAUUUCGUGUUUUUCGCGCCGCGCGUCCGCAUCAACAAGCGCAUCCUGGCGCUGUGCAUGGGCAACCACGAGCUGUACAUGCGCCGCCGCAAGCCGGACACGAUCGACGUGCAGCAGAUGAAGGCGCAGGCCCGGGACGAGAAGAACGCCAAGCAGCAGGAGCGCGAGAAGCUGCAGCUGGCGCUGGCGGCGCGCGAGCGGGCCGAGAAGAAGCAGCAGGAGUACGAGGACCGGCUCCGCUCGAUGCAGGAGGAGAUGGAGCGCAAGCAGGCGAACCUGAGCGAGGCGCAGGACACGAUCCGCCGGCUGCAGGAGCAGCUGAACCAGGUGCAGGCGGCCAAGGAGGAGCUCGAGCAGCGCCAGAACGAGCUGCACGAGAUGAUGCAGCGCCUGGAGGAGACGAAGAACAUGGAGGCGACCGAGCGGGCCAAGCUGGAGGAGGAGAUCCGCGUGAAGCAGCUCGAGAUGCAGAAGAUCCAGGAGGAGGUCACACUCAAGGACUCGGAAACGAAGCGCCUGCACGAGGAGGUCGAGGAAGCGAUACGGAAACAGGUAGCCAAGGGCAGCCGUAACGAGGCCGCUGCUGCGUUGCAGGCUGCCACCACCACCCCGAAGCACCAUCACGUGGAGGAGGAGGAGGAGAACGAGGAGGAGCUGAUCAAUGGGGAGAACGGUACGCAAGACUUCUCCAAAGACUUCGACACGGACGAGCACAUCAAGGAUCCGGUCGAGGAGAGACGCACCCUUGCCGAGCGUAAUGAGCGCCUGCAGGACCAGCUGAAGGCCCUCAAGCAAGACCUCGCACUGUCGCGCGACGACACGAUGGAGACGCCGAACGACAAGAUCCACCGGGAGAACGUGCGCCAGGGACGGGACAAAUACAAGACGCUGCGCGAAAUCCGCAAGGGCAACACCAAGCGCCGCGUGGACCAGUUCGAGAACAUGUAAAAAGCGCCAGAGUAGUGUGCGUGUGUGUGUGAAGGAGAGAAGGAGAGGGAGAGAGAGCGAGAGAGGGAGACAGGAGAAAAAGCAACAAUUACACACAGUACAGACAACCCCACGCGCAGAUUCUCAGAAUAUGAUGUGCCUGCGCUGGCAUAUGUGGUGGCAGUAUAAAUCCCGUACAACCCUUCCCAUCCUCCCGCGCGUGCGUGCGUUCGUGUCCCCUCCAUUUAUGGUGGUGUGGAAGAAGCAGAAGAAGACGAUGAUGAUGAAGGAGGCGCAUGGACAGGCGCGCAACAAUCGAAAACGGACCACGUGUGCACGCGCGCCACGUGCUUUCUGUGUGGAAGGAAAGCGUUGCAUAUACUAAACUAUUACUACCACCAACAAUACCACCACCACCACUACAACAAAUCCCCUUCCCUCCAUCCCCCCCUCCCCCCCUCAACAGCCAAUAUGCUCCCGCGCACAUAUAUAGUAUACAGUAUGACACUAAUGACACUUAUUCCGAAUCCCUUUGUAAUCCUCCGUUUCAUGUGGUGGUGGGGUGUGGUGAUGAUAGUGCCGCCCCCACACCGGUGGCUCGCGUCUGUUACAGCAGCAACAGCAACAACAACAACAACAACAACAACAAAACACGAAAAAAGCAACACAACAUUUACUUAGUAGGACGAUAAUCUUAUGGCAAGCAAAAGGGUAGGGCAAUCGUGUUAGGGUUACUAUUACUAUUACCAUGGCAGCGACAAGGAGGGAACAAGAGAGGAGAGACAGGAUUCAUGCGUACAGUGACAACGCGGCGGCAGCAGCAGCUGCAGCAGUUGUUGUGUCUAUAACACACACACACACCUACCCACACAUACAUAUUUUGUAUACUUUUUUCUUCUUCUUUGGUUUCCACCACUUGCCUCGUCGCGCAACAUUGUGUGUGCAACACAUAUUGUCCGUUGGGCGAAGAAUUGCAUCCACGCGUUAAAUUUGAAUCCUGGUGUUGGGUCACGUGACCCCCAUCAUCGCCCCCCUUCCCUCCACCCCCACCCCGUUCGUCGGUGUGGGUUGGUGUUUAUUGUUACAUACUGUUUCAUGCAAACCAUUACCAUAAGUACACGCAAUUGAAGCUUAGCAACUUGCACUCUAGAUAGUGUUCAAGCAAAAGUGUAUAAUCUUUCCCAUUAAAAGUUUUGAAAUAGCACACACACACACACACACAAUUUUUAGUGUGCGUUUGUGUGUGUGAGAAGAUUUUUUUUUUUUUGGUUCUUUUCAAUGACAAGCAAAGGUGUGAUUGGCAUUAUUGAUCACGAUAAAUGGAUUUUUUUUUGCUGCUGCAAGCGCUGGAAAAAAGGAUUGGGGAGCAGAAUUACGAAAUAAUAACGAUGAGCAGUUUUAUCCUGCAAAAAAAAACUUUAUUGUAUGCGCGUGUGUGUGUAUGUGUGACCGAGAGAGAGAGAGAGAGAGAAAGGUAAUGGCAGAAGUAUAAAGGAGUAAAUGGUAGUAAUGGUAAGGCGAUAUCAGUCUAGCAGGUAGAAAUUGGUGACCAGAAAACGCGUAUAUGAUGGCGUUUUUGUUUUUUGGUUCCAUCUUUCUUUUCUAUAUUAUUUCCCUCCCUCUCUUUCCUUUUUUUUUUUUUUUGGCGAUGAUCCGUCCCGUGGAUCAGUAUUGGUGUGUGCGUGCGCGCAACCACCCCGGGGUUUAUUAGGGAGCGCGGAGAAGACGUGGCGGUGUGACACACAGUUGGGCACUGGUGCACUGGGGCGGCAAGGCCAACAGCAGCAGGUGUAACGGCUUUGGGAAACCACCAGCGCAGCAGCAAGUCGGAAUCCGCCACGCUAGUGGACGUGUGGACAAAUGAAUAUAUAUAUUUAGUUACGAGGCAAAAGUAGGCAUUGUUUAUUAUACAGCAAACAACAACAGCAAACCAGAUGAAAGUUAAAGCAGCAAACUCUACAACACAUACAUACCCACACACACAAAACACAUUAUAUCGUUAGGGAUCGUUAGGGGGUUGGUAUUAAUCGGGGAAGUAGUGAGAGCAGCGCAGCGCGUGUGAGAACGAAAAGGAAGCACGGGGAGGGGGGGUAUCUUUUAUCCCAGCCGAGAAGAGGGGGUGUGGCGUGUGUUGCGUUAUUCGGAUUUUAGGCAUUGGUUCAAAUCUAUAUAUAAAAAAAGUAUUUCCCUUCUUAUAUCAUCCCGCCCCCGUUCUUCCAUUUUUUUUUUGGCCGGUAGCGCGCUUCUUUUCGAUUUCCGGUACGACAGUGUCCUCUUUAAUAUAUCUAUGUUAUGAUUAGUA